GGAAUUUAUGCAUGCGUACGAAAUACCCCCAAUUUGAGAUCCUCUGCUACGGUACUAAUUUUUCUCGCCAUCUUUCCGAUUUCCUAAUUCCGGCAAAUCUCCGGCGUCGAUCGGAACUCCUCCUCCAUUUGUUCCUCUCAUGGCGGAUAAAAGCGACAAUUGUUGUUCAACUCACCUGAUAGACGGAGAUGGUGAAUUCAAUGCUGGGGGAAUUGAUAAUUUCAUGAAGGAAGUUAAACUUGCAGAAUGUGGGCUUUCUUAUGCUGUAGCAGCAAUAAUGGGCCCUCAGAGUAGCGGGAAGAGUACAUUGUUGAAUCACUUGUUUGGUACUAAUUUUAGAGAAAUGGAUGCUUUUCGGGGAAGGUCGCAGACUACGAAAGGCAUAUGGUUGGCACACUGUGUUGGCAUCGAACCUUGCACACUUGUAAUGGAUUUAGAGGGUACCGAUGGAAGAGAGCGAGGAGAGGACGAUACUGCAUUCGAGAAACAGAGUGCCCUUUUUGCCCUUGCUGUAUCAGAUAUAGUUCUGAUAAAUAUGUGGUGUCACGAUAUUGGUCGUGAACAAGCUGCAAACAAACCUCUCUUGAAAACCGUGUUUCAGGUUAUGAUGAGGUUAUUUAGUCCACGUAAGACAACUUUGAUAUUUGUUAUCCGUGAUAAAACAAGGACACCGUUAGAAAACUUGGAACCCGUUUUAAGGGAAGACAUUCAGAAGGUAUUUCUCAUGCAACUUUUAAAUAUAUGCUUGAUGUAUUUUAUUACAGUCGGUCUGAUCUCUUCAUGUUCCUCUUUUUGUGAUCCUCCUGCUAAGAUAUGGGAUGCUGUUCCUAAGCCAGAAGCUCACAGGGAAACUCCGUUAAGCGAAUUUUUCAAUGUAGAAGUCGUGGCUCUCUCUAGUUUUGAGGAGAAGGAAGAACAAUUUAGAGAGCAGGUGGCAAGUUUAAGACAGCGAUUUUUCCAUUCUAUUGCACCCGGUGGGCUUGCGGGAGAUAGGCGUGGUGUGGUUCCUGCUUCAGGAUUUUCAUUCAGUGCACAACAGAUAUGGAAAGUCAUUAAAGAGAACAAGGACCUUGACCUGCCUGCUCACAAGGUAAUGGUUGCCACUGUCCGUUGCGAGGAGAUUGCUAAUGAAAAGUUUUCUUCUUUCAUUGAGAACGAGGAAUGGCACGAAUUAGAACAGACAGUACAAUAUCAAUCAGUGCCAGGGUUUGGGAGGAAGCUCACCUCAAUUCUUAAUGUUUGUCUAUCUGAGUAUGACGCGGAGGCGACAUAUUUUGAUGAAGGUGUCAGAACUUCAAAGCGGAAACAGCUGGAAGAUAAACUUUUGCAACUUGUCCAACCAGCAUACCAGUUCAUGUUGGGGCACAUACGCUCUGGAACUUUGGAUAAAUUCAAAGAAGCAUUUGAUACUGCCUUGAAGGAGGGAAAAGGAUUUGCUUCAGCUGCACGUGAUUGCACUGAGUAUUCUAUCUUGCAGUUUGAUGAAGCGUCUGCAGGUGCGGAUAUUGACCAAGCAAAUUGGGACUCUUCAAAAGUAAGAGAGAAACUCCGGCGUGAUAUAGAUGCUCAUAUUACUGCAGUGCGCGGGGCCAAUUUGUCUGAACUCACAUCCCUGUAUGAGACGAAACUGAAUGAGGCAUUGGCGGACCCUGUAGAGGCUUUGUUUGAUGGAGCCAGCAAUGAUACAUGGCCAGCAAUUAAAAAACUUCUCCGGCGCGAGACUGAAACAGCCGUUACUGGGUUCUCUAAUGAACUUUUGGGUUUUGAAAUGGAUGAGGCAACAAAGAAUAAAAUGCUCUCAAACUUGGAGAAUCAUGCAAGAGGAAUAGUUGAAGCGAAGGCGAAAGAAGAAGCUGGAAGAGUUUUGAUCCGUAUGAAAGACAGGUUUUCAACCUUAUUUAGCCACGAUGCAGAGUCAAUGCCACGGAUCUGGACUGGAAAGGAAGAUAUUCGAGCAAUUACUAAAACUGCUCGCUCUGCUUCUGUGAAGCUGUUAUCUAUUAUGGCUGCUAUACGUUUGGAUGAUGAAGCCGACAAUAUCGAGAGUACCUUGUCCCUUGCUCUUGUGGAUCCCAAAGCUUCGGCUUCUUCCAAUAAGAGUAUUUCCGCGGACCCUCUUGCCUCAAGCACUUGGGAUAAGGUUCCAUCAUCAAAAACCUUGUUAACACCUGUUCAGUGUAAAUCUCUGUGGAGGCAGUUUAAAACGGAGACUGAGUAUACUGUUGGUCAAGCCAUUGCUGCUCAGGAGGCUAGCAGGCGAAACAACAACUGGCUACCACCUCCAUGGGCAAUUCUCGCAUUACUUAUACUGGGUUUUAAUGAAUUUAUGACCCUUUUGAGAAAUCCUUUGUAUUUGGGGGUCAUUUUUAUUGCUUUUCUGCUAUUUAAAGCCCUUUGGGUGCAACUAGACGUCGCUGAUGCAUUCCGCAAUGGAGCCCUGCCUGGCAUUCUCGCAUUAUCCACCAAACUCGUCCCUACUGUAAUGAACAUUCUCAAAAAACUAGCGGACGAGGGCCAAACGAGCGGCGGCAGUGCUGCUCCUCAGAACAACCCUCCACCACCACCAAAGACCCUGCAAAGUGGUUUGUCAUCAAGUGCUUCCUCUGAGGUAAUUUCAUCUGAAAAUAAAAAUGAAUACUCCAGUCCCUCUACACAUCAAAAAUUGCAGUAAACUCCCUCCCAACUUAUUCUUGUUCGGCCAUUUGAAACGUAAUCCAGCGUUAAUAUCCCAUCGAUUUCCACGGUUUUUAUUUUUAUUUUUAUUUUAGCAGUGAGCAAUGAAAAAACGUUAUUGCACAGGGGGGCUGGAAUGUUACGGAAAUUGCCCCCCGUUAGUAGUUUUACUUUUCUCCGGCGAAGCUAAUCCGCAAGGUUUUUACUAGCAUAGCCUUGAUCGUGAUUGUUACGCUUCGCCUUCAAUUUUGUAUCGUUGCAAAUUAAAUUCAGCACGUACCAAUUUUGGUGAAAAUUUAAUAUAAAGUUUCAAUUCUACAAUA